AUGGUAGCCAAUCAUGAAGUUGAACUCGACCCAACUUUUGCCGCGAGGCGGAAAUUACAUCCAGGCGAACGAGACGUUGAUUGGCUAUCGAAAUAUUCCUCAGCCAACUUCUGCCGCGCGUAUUCUAGUGACAUCUGUGAAAUAUCGUAUGCGAUAUUUGUCGAGAAUAGACCCCCAGAAUAUACGUUGGUCAUAGUGCUUUAUCAGUUUUGCCAUUCCUCUUCUAUUCUUCUUCCUCUGCUUUUCUUUUCCUUGUUGAAAUAUAGCCGCUUCAAGAUGGCGAAAGUAAAGUGUUCUGAGUUAAGAACCAAAGAUAAACGAGAGCUGAUGAAGCAACUUGAACAGCUCAAGACAGAAUUGACCACCUUGCGAGUGGCCAAGGUAACUGGAGGAGCUGCAUCCAAGUUGUCUAAAAUUCGUGUUGUGAGAAAGGCUAUCGCGCGAGUGUAUAUCAUUAUGCACCAGAAACAAAAGGGAAAUCUGCGCCUUCUUUAUAAGAACAAAAAGUACAAGCCUCUUGACUUGAGGCCCAAGAAAACAAGGGCUCUACGUCGUGUUCUCACCCCCUACCAAGCCAGCAGGAAAACGUUGAAAGAAAUACGCAAACGCUCUGCGUUUCCACUGAGAAAGUAUGCUUUGAAAGCAUAGAGUAUUGUACAUUUUUCAUGCUAUUCAAAAUAAAAAUUUCAUUAAAAUAUCAAGUGUUUAUUCGUGA